UGCUACUCAAUAAUCCUAUGACUUUUUAUUUUUAGAUAAUCAUUGAUAAUAUCUAUUUACAGAAAUGUUCAAAUUGUAAGAGGAUACAUGAACUCUUUUAUAUUUGUCUAAUAAUUCUACAAAAAGUAUUGGAAACAUAAUUCAUUUGAAUUAUUUAUUUUAUUAUCACGUUGUAUUGUGCAUUUGAGAAGUUAACAUUCACUCAUUCACCAUGGAAAAAUCACAGAAAAUGCCAAAAGUUGCAAAGGUCAAGAAUAAAGCACCUGCAGAAAUACAAAUAACAGCAGAACAGCUUUUGCGGGAAGCUAAAGAAAGAGAUUUGGAAAUUUUACCACCGCCUCCAAAACAAAAAAUCUCUGAUCCACAUGAGCUGGCUGAUUAUCAACACAGAAAGCGUAAAGCGUUUGAAGAUAAUAUUCGUAAAAAUCGUAUGGUCAUUUCAAAUUGGAUUAAAUAUGCUCAGUGGGAAGAAAGUCAGAAACAAAUACAGAGAGCACGGUCGAUAUACGAACGUGCAUUAGAUGUUGAUCAUAGAAAUAUUACAUUAUGGCUUAAAUAUACUGAAAUGGAAAUGCGUAACCGUCAAGUAAAUCAUGCCAGAAAUUUAUGGGAUCGAGCUGUUACUAUAUUACCUAGAGCAAAUCAGUUCUGGUACAAAUAUACUUAUAUGGAGGAAAUGUUGGAAAACAUUGCCGGAGCCCGUCAGGUUUUUGAAAGAUGGAUGGAAUGGGAACCGGACGAACAAGCUUGGCAGACCUAUAUUAAAUUUGAAUUAAGAUAUAAAGAAAUACAAAGAGCAAGACAAAUUUAUGAACGAUUUGUGAUAGUUCAUCCUGACGUUAAACAUUGGAUUAAGUACGCACGGUUCGAAGAAUCCCAUGGUUUUAUAAAUGGAGCUCGUAACGUUUAUGAACGCGCUAUUAAUUUUUACGGUGACGAACACUUGGAUGAAAAAUUAUUUAUUGCAUUUGCAAAGUUUGAAGAAGGACAAAGAGAACAUGAUCGAGCCAGAGUAAUUUACAAAUAUGCAUUAGAUCAUAUCCCAAAAGAGAAAACACAAGAAAUUUAUAAAGCAUAUACCAUACAUGAGAAAAAAUACGGAGAUCGUUCAGGUAUCGAAGAUGUAAUUGUGAGCAAAAGAAAAUAUCAAUACGAACAAGAAGUGAAAGAAAAUCCUUCUAAUUAUGACGCUUGGUUUGACUAUUUAAGAUUAGUAGAAUCAGAAGGAAAUGUAGAUAUAAUUAGAGAAACUUACGAACGCGCAAUAGCUAAUGUACCACCAACUAAAGAGAAACAAUUUUGGAGGAGAUAUAUUUAUCUUUGGAUAAAUUAUGCUCUUUUCGAAGAACUUGAUACCCAAGAUAUAGAACGUUGUCGACAAGUUUACAGGGCAUGCUUAGAACUGAUCCCGCACAAACAUUUUACUUUCUCAAAGAUUUGGUUACUCUAUGCGUAUUUCGAAAUAAGGCAAAAGAAUUUAACAGCGGCUAGAAAAACAUUGGGAAUGGCAUUAGGUAUUUGUCCUCGAGAUAAAUUAUACCGUGGAUAUAUCGAUUUAGAAAUACAGUUAAGAGAAUUUGAUAGAUGUAGAAUCUUGUAUGAAAAAUUUCUCGAAUUUGGUCCAGAAAAUUGUACUACAUGGAUGAAAUUUGCAGAAUUAGAAACACUUUUAGGCGAUGUAGAACGUGCACGAGCUAUUUACGAAUUAGCUAUAUCUCAACCAAGAUUAGACAUGCCCGAACUUUUAUGGAAAUCAUAUAUUGAUUUUGAAAUAUCGCAAGACGAAACCGAAAAUGCGAGACAGUUAUUUGAGAGAUUAUUAGAACGUACGCUUCACGUUAAAGUUUGGAUUGCGUAUGCCAAAUUUGAAUUGGCAAAUACAGCAUCAGAGGAUGGCGUUGACAAUGUUGCUUUAGCAAGAAGAAUCUUUGAACGCGGAAAUGAUGCGCUUAGAUCAAGCGGUGACAAAGAAAGCAGAGCAUUGCUUCUAGAGGCAUGGAGAGACUUUGAAAAUGAAAAAGGAGAUGACGAAACUCGGGCUAAAAUUAUUGAGAAAAUGCCUCGAAGAAUUAAACGCAGGAGACGUAUUGUAGGAGAAGACGGGAGCGACGAUGGUUGGGAAGAAGUGUUUGAUUUCGUUUUCCCAGAAGAUGAAUCUCAAAGGCCAAAUCUGAAAUUUUUGGCAUCCGCUAAGGCUUGGAUGAAACAAAAAGAAAUGAGUAGCAAAAAUGAAAUUAAUCAAAACAAUACUUCUCACUCGGAAUCGAAUAGUUGAAAGAUUACUUUUUAAUUGUAAGAACGACUGAAUGUAUGUGUUCUUGUAAAUAAAUUAAUAUUUGACUUUUA